AUGAAGACCGAUUUCAAGUUCUCCAACCUUUUGGGGACGGUCUACCGGAAGGGCAACCUGCUCUUUACUCCCGAUGGAACCUGCCUGCUUUCGCCUGUAGGCAAUCGAGUCACUGUCUUUGACCUUGUACACAAUACUUCUUACACCCUACCCUUCUCCCACCGCACGAACAUCGAUCGCCUGGAUCUUUCCCCGAAAGGAAAUUUGCUAUUGACCAUUGAUGAGACUGGCCGGGCGAUUUUGACCAAUUUCCAACGCCGAAUCGCAAUUCACCAUUUCUCCUUCAAGGGGCGCGUCACCGCCCUGAAGUUCUCACCAUCGGGUCGGCAUUUCGCAGUAGGCGUGGGAAGACGUUUGCAAAUCUGGCAGACACCUUCUACUCCCGGUACUGAAACCAAUGGCGAGAUUGAGUUCGCUCCAUUCGUUUUGCACCGAGACCUGGCUGCCCACUUCGACUCCAUUUCAAAUAUCGAAUGGUCGAGUGACUCUCGAUUCUUGCUUACUGCAUCCCGUGACCUGACUUCACGAGUAUGGAGUUUGGACCCUGAGGAUGGCUUUGAGCCUACUACUUUGUCCGGUCACCGACAAGGCGUGAUUACCGCUCAUUUUGAUGCCAACCAAGAUAAGAUCUACACGGUCAGCCAGGAUGGUGCCCUUUUUCGCUGGGAAUAUGUGGCCAAGAAAGAUCCAGAGACAGACGAAGAAAUUUCCGAACCUCGGUGGAGAAUCGUUAAGAAGAACUUCUUUAUGCAAAACGAUGCUAAAGUAAACUGUGCAACUUUUCAUGCAGCCUCCAACCUGCUGGUGGUUGGCUUCUCCAAUGGUCUUUUUGGACUAUAUGAUUUGCCCGAAUUCAAUAUGAUCCAUUUACUCAGUGUCUCUCAGAGCAACAUUGAUGUCGUGGCUAUUAACCAGUCUGGAGAAUGGCUCGCAUUUGGAUCUGCCAAGCAUGGCCAGUUGCUAGUAUGGGAGUGGCAGUCAGAAUCGUACAUCUUGAAACAACAGGGCCACCUCGACUCCAUGAAUUCUUUGGUCUACUCUCCGGAUGGCCAGAAAAUCGUGACCACAGCCGACGACGGCAAGAUCAAAGUUUGGGAUGUCAAGUCGGGUUUCUGUAUUGUGACAUUCACCGAACACACCAGCGGAGUGACCGCAUGUCAGUUUGCCAAGAAGGGAAGCGUUCUGUUCACGGCCUCCCUAGAUGGCUCAAUUCGAGCGUGGGAUUUGAUUCGGUACCGCAACUUCCGAACUUUCACCGCACCCUCUCGACUGUCAUUCUCUUCCCUGGCAGUAGACCCCAGCGGAGAGGUAGUCUGUGCUGGUUCUCCAGACUCCUUUGAUAUCCAUGUGUGGUCCGUGCAGACAGGCCAGUUGUUAGAUCAGCUAUCCGGCCACGAGGGACCCGUCUCUGCCCUUGGGUUUGCCACAGAUGGUAACCACCUGGUCAGUGGUAGUUGGGACCACACCGUCAGAAUCUGGAGCAUUUUUGGCCGUACACAAACAAGUGAGCCUCUUCAGCUUAUGUCCGAUGUUCUGAGCGUAGCUUUUAGGCCCGACGGUCUGCAAGUUGCGGCAUCUACCCUUGAUGGCCAGCUUUCAUUCUGGUCAGUAAACGAUGCAGUUCAACAAGGAGGUGUUGAUGGUCGUCGUGACGUGUCUGGUGGCCGAAAGGUUGCUGAUCGCACAACUGCUGCUAAUGCCGCCGGAACCAAGGCCUUCAACCGCGUCACCUACAGCGCUGAUGGCAGCUGUAUCUUGGCUGGUGGUAACAGCAAAUAUAUCUGCUUGUAUGAUGUUGGCACCGGAUCGCUGAUCAAGAAAUAUACUGUGUCGGUGAACACAUCACUCGAUGGCACCCAAGAGUAUCUGAACAGUCGUAAACUCACUGAGGCUGGACCUUCCGCUCUCAUUGAUGAAACUGGAGAGGCAUCGGACAAAGAAGACCGCAUUGACAGCACUCUGCCUGGUGCGAAACGUGGCGAUUCUGGCGCUCGUACUACCCGACCCGAAGUGCGAGUCACCUCGGUUGAUUUUGCUCCGACCGGGCGUGCUUUCUGUGCUGCAUCCACUGAGGGUCUCCUGAUCUACAGCUUAGAUGAUGAUUUUGUCUUUGACCCCUUUGAUCUCGACAUCACAAUUACCCCUUCAACUAUUCUUGCAACGCUCGAUGCUGCCCGGGAUGCUGCCGCGGCUAACACUGUUGAUGACGAGAACACCUUCUUGAAGGCUCUGGUCAUGGCGUUCCGUUUGAAUGAAUCAAAGGUUCUUCGUGCUGUUUACGAGGCAAUCCCACCAUCCGAUAUAACGCAUGUGGUCCGUUCCGUCCCGACCGUUUACUUGCCUCGCUUGCUCCGCUUUGUUGCACAUGCCGCGGAUGAGACUCCCCAUCUUGAGUUCAACUUGAUGUGGAUUGAGUCUCUCUUCAGUUGUCACGGUCGGUACUUUAAGGAGAAUUCAGGAACAUUUGCCCCUGAGCUCCGUGCCGUCCAACGCGCUGUUGAUGAUAUUCGCGAAAAUCUCAAGCGCUUGACCGAGAAGAACCUCUACGAUCUCAACUACCUCCUCUCUAAGCCUGUCCUUGCCGACAAUAAGCCUUCUAGUGCUAUGCUCGCUGUGACCGCUGGUGAGGCUGAGGAAGAUGACGUUCAAAUGGCUGGAUCCGACGCCGAUGACGGAGAGGGCGAAUGGGUUGGCCUGGAAUAA